CAGAAAUUAUAUCCAAGGUCGCGGUUGUAGUGUCAUUGAGGGGUUAUCGAACAAUCUUGGCAGUUCUGCUUUUGCACUUAUUUAAUUCACUCGUAUUCACAGCUUAGUUUCACCAAAAUGCUGCCCCGUUUUUUGAAACCCACCCUCUCCGUUGCUCAGAAAGGAGCCCAGCAACUAUCCACCAGUGCCAGACACAAUGCCAAGGUUGCUGUGAUGGGUGCGAGUGGUGGCAUUGGACAACCUUUGUCACUCUUGCUGAAGGAAUCGCCUCUGGUGACUGAACUCUCUCUCUACGAUAUUGUCAAUACUCCUGGAGUUGCUGCUGAUCUUUCUCACAUCAAUACUGUUGCUAAAGUCAAGGCCUUCAAUGGACCAGAUCAGCUCAGAGAUUCUCUCAAAGGAGCACAGGUCGUCAUAAUUCCUGCUGGAGUUCCUCGCAAACCAGGAAUGUCUCGAGAUGAUCUCUUCAACACAAAUGCAUCCAUAGUCCGCGAUCUUGCCCAGGCAUGUGCUGAAGUCGCACCCAAAGCUUUCGUAGCAAUUAUUUCCAAUCCUGUAAAUAGCACAGUGCCAAUUGCAAGUGAAGUUUUCCAGAAGGCUGGAGUUUACGACCCGAACAGAAUAUUCGGUGUAACCACUCUUGACAUCGUCAGGGCGAACACCUUCAUCGGAGAGGCCAAGGGUCUCGAUCCACAAAAACUUGUACUCCCCGUGAUUGGAGGGCACAGCGGAAUCACAAUCAUUCCUCUGAUUUCUCAGUGCAAGCCUUCAGUUUCAUUCCCCCAAGAUCAGUUGAAGGCCCUCACCGAGAGGAUCCAGGAAGCUGGAACAGAAGUUGUCAAGGCCAAAGCUGGAACUGGCUCUGCGACUUUGUCCAUGGCAUACGCCGGAGCUCGAUUUGGAUUUUCUCUCAUCAGGGCGCUCAACGGAGAGCAAAAUAUUAUUGAAUGCUCCUAUGUUAGGUCUAAUGUCACGGAUGCAAAAUACUUCUCAACGCCAAUUCUUUUAGGCAAAAAUGGAGUAGAGAAGAAUCUUGGUUUGGGAAAACUCAGCGACUUCGAAGCCAAAUUGUUGGAGGCGGCCAUUCCCGAGCUCAAGAAAAACAUCCAAAAAGGAGAAGACUUUGUUAACAAGAAGUAGGAAAUUAGCGAAAGUGUAUUCGAAAAAUGCACCUGAAUAAAAUACACCCGUUCAUCAUGUAUUAUCGAUAUCCCCUCAGUCGACUGCCGUCAAAACUUCGCAGCAUUUAAUGUCAAUACUGCAAUUGUAAUAUACGAUUAAAGUUUCCUCUAGGAACAACCGUUAA